CGUCCAUGGUGCUACUGCAAACCUUUCUAUUAUACCUCUUCACCAUGCAAACCUUCAAGACUUAUAUUCUACAUUGAAUGUAUAGUUUACAGACAAAAAAUGCCACUUUGUUCCAUCUCAGACGGUUAAGAAUACAUGAAGAGAGUAAUUUCAACUACAUCAAGAAAUCUCACCUGAACGGUAGGGAGAGUCUCAGGUACCUCGCAGUUUGAACAAGAUGAAAAAAAUUGAUGAUGAAGAAAGAUGAAGAAAGAUUGAUGAUGAAGAAAGAUGGAGAAAGAUUGUUACAACUCAUACUGGUGUUCCAUUGAUGUAUACUGGGCAUAUCAGAGGCUGGAUUCCAUUUUGUUUGUCCAGCAAGCAAGGCAAUCAUUUCCUUAAACCAGAGCCCUUUCUUGAGAAGAUCUUGUUGCGUAGUUGGCGACAAUAGUUGUUGGCUUUGGAUGUCAUAGUAAUUUCAUACACUGGACAUUACAGUGUUGCUUCUUCAGUUGCACUGCAAGCCUGAAUAUCAGCAAGAUAUGGGACAGAGGGAUAUGCCCCUUACAUGUCCAGUUGUUAUACACACUCUAGACUAUUGUUACCUAACACAUUCCCCGUAGAUGUCUGAAAAGAAUUCCUGAGAUUCCAAUCAAACAAUGACCAACACAAAGGUGUUGGAGGGUGCUCUUCGUCCCAGAUCUUGCUUUAUAUGAGCUUGAUUGGUCAUUUUAAGGGGGCCCAAUUCUGCCAGAUGCCUAUGUUGAUAUUGAACAUUAAUUUUGACAUUCGAGAUAGCUGGGUUAUUUCUGGUCAUAUCUUUCUGUGGUUUACAGUAAAAAAAAAAGGUAUUUCACAAUAAAUUUAUGUUUCGCACUAUCUGCUUUAUUACAAACUCACUUGGUGCUCACCUAGGGAUAGGUGUUUCGUUGUUGUGAGACUGGUAUCUUUUUAUGAGAUCCCCCGUUAUAAAAGCCUCAAUGGUUUCUACGUAAUUUUAGCCGAUUCCUGUUAGGUUCUAUUGGAGUCUUUUCUUUAACGAUGCAAGUUGUACUGUACAAAACUGUACAUACCUUCAGACUAACAGCACACGAUUAAAAGAGAAAGAUGAUUGGUUUAACAUGGAAUUCAACUUGAUGCAUUUGUUUAUUCUUGUCGGGUUGUUUUGUUUUUUGCUCCAUUUUACUUCUCAACUUGGAGCAAUGCAAGAUUUCAGCAGUGCCUCUGAGCUGAUAAAGUUUCGAGAAGCAAGGAUCCGAAACAUUUACAUGUACCACGUUUUGGAUGCAGGCUUUAUGCCUUCAUUAGAAUAAUGCUCCCUGUCUGUGACUCUUGGCGUUGAGGAUUAUUGUAUUUUCUACAAUUCCUUGGUUCACAACCAAUUCUAAGCACCCUCGGUUAAAGGAAUAAAACCUGUGACUAAAUGCCAGUUAAGGAACUUCUGCCUAGAAGAGUGCAUCACUGGAAUUCUUUUGAAUUUUCACAGGACCCUCACCCAGAUUGAAGGAUAACUUCACAGCUUUUUAUAAACCCUUUGGAACCUGCUUCAACAGCUACAAACCGAUUACAGUGCCCAGUAUUUAUAUUCGUCAGAUCAGCAUUUUUUACGCCCAUUAUGAUUAUGCCUCGGUCUUCCAACUUUUGAUUCCAUUCACUUCCGUGCUUUAUGUUGAAAAGCCACGAGGACAUUUUUAUCGCUUUACGCUCUUAUUUUACGAUCACUGUCGGCAGUUUGGAUAUUCUGCAUUCGCAUCUUGGCAUGAACAGAAAAAACAUUUUUAGCUUGGUAUGGCUGAGCUCUGAAGACGAAUGACACUGCGUUCGAUUUGAAUACUUCCACAUGUAUUUCAACAGAUAAAAUCAGAAAAACAUAUUUUCCUUUGUAACUAUCGUGGCACGUACAGACAGAACCCCCAAAUUAUAAAACAACCAGAAACUCUGAAACAUCCGCAGCUGGAAGUUGUAAGAUAAAAGUUUCCCUGCAUUUUAAGAAUUGGUGUUGAAUUUCCUGAUUUAAUAGUUGAGAUGUUUGCUGUGUUCGUUUCUUCUCUGGUUACAAAAUGCUGGCGAAGACGCUAAACAUGACUGUUUUUUUACUCUGCCUUAUAACAGUAGAAAUGAAGGGCGGGUUGUGGCAAUGGUGGAUUUAACUAAAAUAAUUGGAAAGCCUGUUUAAACCAUGCAUUACACUACGCCAUCAAAGGCUCCUGUACAGGACUAACAUAUGCAUCCUUUUGCAGAGCAUUGGUUUACGUGUUUCUCUGCCAAGGGCAAAUGGCUAUGAUAGUGCACUUGUUAUUUAGGUUCAACGGGAUUUCCCCCCGAUGAGCAAUACCAUGCAGGCAGAGCUCAAUUUGCAUGUGACAUUGACAUGAACGGAUUGCAACGAUUACCGUCCACGGUCCGACUGUAGUCCCACCUUGCUCUAUGUUAUGUUCAACAACACGCUGAACCUUAUGUACACGCACACUCAGUAGAAUGAUUGCGACAGUUGUGCAUGCGCGCGUGUACAUGUCUAGGGAGGUGGUUCCGAAAUCGGCGCAGUGCAGACUUUGCUACACCCUCCGCUGUAGUUGUCUGACAGUAUUUUGACAUUAUUUUAGUCUGGUGAAUUCCUGCCGGCCAUUGCAGAAAUCAUACGUGUAGGUCAGCGUUGUUUCUUGGAAAGUCAGUCCUCACGCCAAAAAGGUAUGAACGACGUAAAAACAACUUGAAGUCCGGCACUGUGAUUGGCUGCUACCACUUUUGAUAGAUGAGUCCAUUCGCUGUGUACUAAAGGAUUGAAACCUCCAGGUGCUUUGACCUCACAUCCGUGCGUUCACUUGUCACAAACCACCCAUACAGCGCAGGCUGCUGGCAAGGAAUUGAGUUCAGUGUAAGAUGGCUGCUGGCGGGGGAUCGGUAACCAGGGUUUUAGAUGAGAUCAGCCGAGAUCACUUGGAAUGUAGCAUUUGUCAUGAGAGAUACCAGACACCAAAGAUUCUAAGUUGUCUGCACAGUUUCUGUGAGAUGUGUCUUCUGACAUAUCAAAAAGCACUGGAAAAUCCGUCUCAGAUUCCAUGCCCUAAAUGCCGACAGGACACGAAGCUUCAAUCUACCGAGGUCUCUAGCCUCAAAACCAACUUUCAUCUUAAGGAGAUAGUUGAAGAUUUUGCCCUUAAGGAGAAACUGGCGCAGAAGGAAGUUACGAAGCUCCUUUGUGAGCUGUGCGAGGAGCAGCGAGAGGCGCAUUCCAGAUGCUCGGACUGUCCUUUAUUACUUUGCAAACAAUGUAAGGCAAGCCAUCAACGCAUCCCUAGUACAGCAAGUCAUGAUGUUGUGGCGCUUGACGUGUUACGGACAGAUACAGAUGUCUUGAAGCGGAAGGGAAAGGUCGAACCCCCAUGUGAAAAACACCAGGGAGAGAAAAAAAGAUUCUUCUGUGAAACUUGUAAAGAGCUGAUCUGCCGAGAUUGCACAGUCGUGGAGCACCGCAAGCACGAGUUUACUACAAUUGACGAUGCUGCACCUAGACACAGAAAAACAGUUCAGUCUCUAGCGAAUCAACUGGCCAAGCAGAUGCCACUGUUCAAAAAAUCAGAAGCUGACCUUCAGAAGAUGGGUUCGGAUUUACAAAGAUUCACAACACUCGCUCAGCAACAAGUUAAGGAACAGGCGUCAGAGCAGAACAAGAAAAUAGAGGAAAAUCUCAGCUGGGUUCUUCAAGAGAUAAAACAUCGUACAAGUCUCCAUAGUACUAUACUUCAAGAAAAUGGAGUUACGCUCGAGAAAUCCAGCUUCAUACCCCUGGCACUGCCAACAGGCUAUCAAAGUCAAGCAGGAAAAGAGAUGUUUCUGACUGUCGACCGGACCCUCCGUGACUUGAAUGAUAUUGUGAAGAAGUUGAUAGAAACCAGUCAAAAGGCUAGUAAUCUAAUUCAACAAUUAAAUGAAGAAAGCAAAAGAAACGCAGCAGACGGUAAUGUCAAAGUGGCAGCAAAUAUGGAACGGGUGUUGUCACAGAUUCAAAACAUAUUCGACCAGAAACACAAAAACAUCAUGCAGUCUGAAAAGCUGAUGACCACCAACACAGAACGCAUAGGCUACACCUUAAAGAUUGCCAACGACCUUGUAAAAUCGGGAACAAAUGCUGACUUUCUCAAUCUUCUAUCGAUCGUUGACACCGAUAUCAAGCUACUUCUCAUGCAAACUCCAGUGAAGAUGCCGAAUGGUGUGGAAAAAAUUGCUUUUCAAGAAAGUAGCGACGCGCGACUUGGUACAGUGGUAUUCGGUGCAUCCUUUACACCAACUACUGUGAUUGAACCUCGGUCUACGAGACGUACUGCAAGCUUCGGCGCCAGGCGUGAACCAGAAGAGGUUGAAGUUACCAUAAAGAACAUCACUGCAUUUGGGGACGAGAUAUUGAUUGGAUAUAAGGAAGGUAUGAUUGUCUACAAUACAUCGGGAAAGCGCCUGAUGGAGCCGAAAUUACAUGAAGUUUUCGCAGAUUUCUCAGAAGACACACCGCAAAGCAUCGACAAAGGCAAACGAAGUAGAGCGUUUGAAACGCCAGUCGCGUGUGAGGAGUACUAUGACGACUAUCUUCUAAGUGCUUUGGGAGAGGAUAUCACGUGUAGUCCAUCCCCUUCCAGUGAUUGGGAAAAGAUGUCACUGGCAGCAAAAACAACGUGGCGCACUGCCGGCGAUGAGGGGUCGAGACCAAGGGGGUGGCCUCGUUCGGACCGCAUCGCGCCGGCUGAUGUUCCGUGUGAAUCCUCGGCGCCCAUCGCACAGACGACUGCUGUUUCAUCGGAUCACUGGGUAGCGUCACUUCCGGAUGGAAGCUGUUUUUGCGCAACACAGAAAAAGGAUUCGAUAUGGACAAACCUGUUUGGACCAAAAUCUGAUUGGCAAGGAACAUUGCAACGAUUGCCCCUUGGGCCGUUCUACAGGCAACAAAUCGUUGCUAUUGCGAGCUACGGAAAGGACAGAUUUACCAUUAGCUUCAGCGGUAAGCAAAUGAUCAUGCUACUGGAUUUCUCUGAAGGUCGCAGGAUUUGGGGCCAGUCUGUUACUAUAAAUCCCGACUUUUUGGCUUCAUGGAGAGACCAAGAACUUCUUAUUGGCUCAAGGAGUCCACCGAUUGUCCAAAGUUUGGAAAUCAGCGAGGCAACUUGCAUUAAUUUCUCCAUCAGUCCUACAGUAGAAGCAGCUAAAGAGAAAGAUAUUAAGUGCGUUGGCCUUUGUAGUGAUGGCAGUGAUUACAUAAUCGUAGUUUUGUCAGUGAAGUCUGCCCCUGAGGAGGUUCAUGUACAUCAGUACAUCCAAGAUGGCACCUUCAUAGGGUGUUCAGUGCUUGGAAAUGUUCGGGAUGUUAUAGACGCAGCUAUUACAGGGAACAAGGUGCUUGUACUGGCAAGUCCUGAUAAGUUGAUGCUCUUUCAGAUGAGCUGGUAAAAUCGACAUUGAUUAAAUAAAGACAAAGGUCAAGAACCCCUUCUCAUUAUCGGAUUAGUCUGUAAGGCCGAGUUUUGUCUUGGGUUCCAUAAACAUUCAGAAGACUUCAGUGCUUUAAUUGAAAGACAAAUACCCUAAACGUGGACUGAACACGAUGGUCAUGAAUUUCUUGCGGCAGAUAAUGAGGGUGUGUUGAGUAGAAUCUUCAUUAUCGGAACUCAAGUAUAAUAAGAAAAAGUAGUUUGAAAAUGGAGCUGGAGACAUAGCUGGGGAUUUUAUUUUUAAAAUCACCCGUUAUUUAUCAAGUUUAUCGAUGAAACUGACAUGCAUUAGGCUGAGUUUUGAAGUCUUGCAACAAGUUAUACCAAGCGUGUAUGGUAUUACUGGCUAGCGAGGACAUCCACUAUCUACGACAGACAGCUGAAUCAGACAAGGCCUAAACACAGUCAGGUCAAAGAAUUUUGUACAGCAUUUUCUGAUCCUUCUGCUAGGUUGUUCCUAACGUGUACUCACACCAGUGAUCUGCUGUUUUUGUUUUACUUAGAAAUUGUUUUUAAAAAGCAUUUUGAUCCUCAGUCACUUAACAAAACGGUGGAAGGAAAUGACUAAAUUGUAUACUGUCAUCAAACCCUCAACAAAGCAGUUUAGCUGUUGGCUUAUAAGACUUGUAAACGGAUACCUUAUACUUAAUUUUGUUCACCCGUGUAUUUCAAAUAGUCUUUUAGCCGGAAUUCAGGAAAUGAUUUAUGAAACUGUUAAACAAACAUCGAUUGCCUUGAAAUGGGAAAAUACGGGAAAAUAUUAAGCAGAAUAGAUGUAUAUUCAAAGCGAACCAGUUUUUAAAUGUGGAUAAAUCUUGUUAGUUCGGGGGGGGGUUAGUGCUACUUUUGUAAGCCUACGAGCUCCGAUCCAUGUGUUUGAAUUCCUAUUAAAAAUCAACCUUGAUUUUGUAUUGAUAUGAAUUAGCUAAAAAAGACCAAACCAUUAUGUAGGAAUUAGGGCUGGGAUUUUGGGUAUAAAUUUGGUAACAUAUCUACAACAUUAUUUCAUUAUUUUGAAUUUGCUUACACUUAGAGCAUGAUGUUAUUAGAUAUAUACAUGUAUAUUGGUAUCUUUGGCCUUUGUCUUCAUUUGUUGCAAAUAUGGUUUUGAGAAUUGAGUGCAUUUCUAAGGUAGAUAUAGUAAAUCCCAUGAUAGCAGCAAAUAUUCUAAUUACCUUAAUUUACAAUAACUUCCGAAAAUGUAUAACGCAAUCCGAUGGAAUUUUCUUAUCAAUUAGAUUAGAAUUUGAAAACAACCUUAAAUCCACCGUUCAUCAUGUUUCAAUACAGUUAUAAUCAGUUGUUAUCAAGACUUUGCUACGCGAUUUUGUUUUCAUUUGGUUGGAAUGGUGAGAAAGGAACCAAAAUGCACUUAAAGAUGUACACAAAAAACGGAGAUACAGAACAAAAUCAGUUGUUGGCCGAAUUCUCUGGAGUUCGCGACCUGGGAGACGAAAUUGGACUGCGUAAACUUCAUGACAUUUGGGGUCUCGUUUUGCUGUUAAAAUGGAUCAUUGUGCUUAUGUAAAAGUUUUUGCAUUAUCAUACUUUGAAAUUGAUAGCUUAAUAUGGAAACAAUUAUUAUUGUAGUUUGUGUUCUGUCGUCUUACUUUUUCUUUCAUAUAUAUUAUCCAUUGUGUCUCAAUAACUUACAUGUAGUGAUUACAAAGUGUUACGGCCAUGUAAAUUGCAAUUUCAUGCUUUUAAAUAAUGACGUCAUUUACGAUAAUGAUUCUGCCAUUGUUCUUUUCACUCGUCAUAGUUUGUACGCUCAUUGUCGUCUUACUUUUUCUCUCGUGUACGUAGUCCUUCAUAAUUGUAACCAUGCAUAUUUUAAACAUUCGUGGAGUUUUCCACACACCCUGUCUCGUUUAAAUAAUGACGUCUUUGACAAUAGUUUAGCGCAAGAGAAGAAUUUUUUGUUUCCUUUUUUUUAACCAAGGUGACUUUUUAUUUUUCCAGUUAUUUCGCCAUUUGCAAAUAGGACUUACAUGUACAUGUUAUUUGAACUUUAAAAUCACACUGCACAAAUCAUGUUUAACCAAUAUUGACAUUAAAAUGUGUCAUUUUCGACUAGUAGUCUUAUUAGGAAGUGUGCAACAGUACUGCAUUAAGGAGAUUUUCACAUUGUUUGCUUUCAACGAAGUCCUAGUGCAUCUUGGCAUACCUAUCAAUCUAGUUGAGAUCUAGGUUUAUUGUGUUUCAUCAUUGCUCCGUCUAUCUGCGUACGUAAACAAUGGAUUGUGCCUGGUUGUCAGUUCGAUGAGGAGCAGCGUUGGAUGCUAGCUGUACAGGCCGUGUACACGUACUUCUAUGAUAAUGUUUAAAGUAGGAAAACUAGUUAAUAUCUGUAGAAGAUUAGUUGUGUGCCUUCAUAAAAAAGAACAACAAAGUGCACGUAGUUCGUUGUUCAUAGUAGGUUUAACUGACAAAUAAUCAAUUCUGAUUAAAUUCUGGAAAAGACUUUGCUUUGUUCUGUCUGAACAUUAGCAUAGUAUUUACACUGGGUCAUAUGUUCCUUUUGUGUUAAUAACCAUCGACUAUCAAUGCGUGUGGUACACGUACGAUUAAACCUGUCAAGUGUUCAAAUUAAAGUCUUUAAAAGUUCUUCCAAUAAUAAAGGUAAUGAAUAUGAUCUGUUUGAAUUUUUGAAGAAAAUGUUUUAGUUGAUAAGAGGCACAGUAAUGGAGACUGAACUGAUUGCAGUUGGGUCAGGAUUUCAGCCGUGAUUCUGAGGUGCACCAAAUGAAGCGACAUUAAGAGUAGACAUCCGAGAAAAACGACAAAGGGUUUCAAAUUUCAAACUAACUGUUGCUGCUUGCAAAAUUUAUGCUUCACAUCUGUCAUGUCUGUGGCUUCUACGUAAAAAUAAAAGCAUAUGUAAAUUUCUAACUGCAGGAAGGAAUGCUAGUCACAAAUCCGUAGACAGCGAAACUUAACUUUGUUGGCAAAGUAGGCUUGUAAGUGAACUUUUAAAAGAAGCUGUAUACAUGUAUAGUCAAUGUACCUUCUUGUAGUGUAGACAACUUGAUUUGAAUGAUCAGAAUAAACAAAAGAGAUACUAAGAUUCCCCCACUGAUCAGUUACUGAAAAAGAAACAAUCGCCACAAAUACGCAAAAAAUAAAAAAAAAAAAACUGUGAG